AUGCCGUCGGACGUUCACGAAAGUCCCAAUUCAGUAGACUUUGAUACGUCCAAGAGCCAGCGCCUCAACUCUUGUGACAGUGGAGCGAGAUCAGAUCUCUCCAAUGAUGAGCUGGACAACGAGGAUGGCGGCUUGAGCGAGUUUCUGUCUGCCGGCACUCACAAGUUUCCCAAGGCUGGUGUCAGUACUGUCAGCAUCUCACCGUUCAAGAUGCAGCGCCAGCGUUCCCUGACACCCGAUCGGAACGAGUCGCACAGUUCAUCCACCAGCUUGCGGAAGCAACGAUCUCUGACCCCUGAAUCCAGAUCCCUGACGCCAGAGGAGCGACGCAAGAAGGGGUCGCAGCUCUCGUUGAGUGCUGGCUCUCGCCAGAACUCCGGCUCCAGAAGCAAUACGUUAGAGACCCGCAAGGAUAGGACGCCUCCCAUCAUAUCACGCAGCUCCUCGAGUUCUAGCUACAGCGGUGGGGAUUCCCAUGAGCCUCUGAACGCCAGCACCAGCUCAACUGUCACAGCCUCAGCCGCCGGUCCUUCAAGUAGCUCGAGCAGUCACCGGCGGGCAAUAGCCCACAGUGCCGCCAAGCAGGCCGAACAGGAGCAUCGAAUACGCCGCUCCAGAUCUUUGCAGCUAAGCGAGCGCUCUCCGAAUCGAACCCAUAAGUCGAUCGUUAAUGUGGGUGCGGUGUCCGUCCAGCAGCAACAACAGCAGCAGGCAUCAGCCGCGACGUAUCAGCAGUCCCGGUUGCCAGUUGGUGGAGGCGUCUUUCCGCCCACCAUUCGAGCCUCUCCAGCUGGGUCCAAGACGCAUGCCAAUCCCCCGAAUUCAUGCAGUACUUCUGUCAGGGUGCGCCAGAGCGAGGCGGACAAGGCACGCUCCUUCGACUUCGAUUACAACAACUACAAUCGCAGUGGUGGCCCUAAGGGAUCAGCGCGCUCCGCCCACACGAGUGGCAGUGGGGGGACAGCGGGAGCAACCAGAACUUGCGCGUGGAAAGGGAGUCCCGUUCCUUCGACGACGAUUAUCGCGAAGCAGUGCUCAACAACAACAACGGAUGCAGCGGAAGCACCAGCGUAA